GUUAUAUUCGGUGGAAAGAUAAAAGCUCGCGUGGAAUCGCGAGGCGACACGCGGCGUCGACGGAUCUAGGAUUGGCCCGUCAUCGGGUUUCGCUCGCGGAGUUGAUUGACGUGUUCCUCGAAUUCGAUCGCGGUCAUCGCCGCGAAUUACCGUUCGAUGAUCAGGCUGAUCAGCGCGAAAGUAUACUCGACCUUGACGGAUUGACGUUUGAGCGGGAUAAAGAGCCGGGGGAUACCUAUAUAACAAUUCGUAUUGGACAUAUAAUCUUACGAAACACGUCGAUGUUGUUACAUUUUUAUCCACACGGCGACUACGGCGAGUCGCGCGACUUUGCCGAUUGUGCUUGGUUGUCAAAAGUCACGUGGCGUUAUUGGAGUCGCAAUGGCGACGUGCAGUGAGGCGAUUUAACGAUGCGAUCGAGAACAGGAGCAAGUCCCAGGAGAGACGAACGAGCACGGUGACGGAGUCACCGCGAGAUUUGUCGACGUCACAGAGAUCAGCGGAUUAAAUUCAAAUGACUUCGAUCUCAAUUCGGCCAGAUUGAGAGUUCAUAACCGCAACCUCUGUGCGGUUGAACUGGUUGAAGUAAUGGCAAAAUGACAAGCACAGCUGACGAGAAUGCCGCGAAGAGAGCGCGCACCAAGAGGAAACGGCGCGACGAUUAUCCGCUCGAAACAAGAGCCAAGAUGCAUAAAGUAACGUCGGAGAUAUACACGGAAAACGAUCGUAUCUCUGAGAAGCUUGGCAGUGGCAAUGCGGUAACUAAAUUCGUUUUUAAAUGUCCGUCUUAUAUGAUCGAGGCAGAAUUUACAGCCGGGACGCUAAAUUACGACAGUGACGAUGACCUAGAUGUAGAUAGAGACAGAGAAGGAGUAAUUCUAAUAGAGCAUAGCGUAUCUACAGAGCUCAGUUUGGUCGGAUUACAAGUGUGGAGAGCCUCUCUCUUGUUAGCCGACUACAUCCUGUCGCAUCCAGACUCGUUUAGAAAUCAAAUAAUUCUAGAAUUAGGAUCUGGAGUCGGUCUGACCAGCAUCGUGGCGAGUUACCUAGCUAAAGAAGUCAUUUGCACCGACAUCAACGUGGGUGGUAUAUUGAAUCUGAUUGAACGAAAUUUUCUGAGGAAUCAUACGUACGUUAGAUCGAAUUAUCGCAUCGAGGAAGUAAAUUUUUUAAACUUACAAUGGUCGAAAAAGUUGGAAGAGAGAUUGCAAAGCGCAAAUGUUGUAUUGGCUGCGGACGUGAUCUACGAUGACAAAAUCACAGACGGUUUUGUCCGCACAUUGAUGAAACUUCUACACACGAAGAAGAAAAAAACAAUUUACGUCGCUCUUGAGAAAAGAUAUGUCUUUACUGUCGCCGACUUGGACACCACUGCCCCGAUGUACGAAGAAUUUUUACGUUGCGUAGAAAAGUACAAAAUGAAUUGGUCUGUGGAUUAUAUAAAUAUAGAUUUUCCACGCUACUUCAAAUAUGAUAGAGUCAAACAUUUGGUUUUAAUGAAGAUACAAAACAAUGCAAGAUCUGUUGCAUAUGCAUAGCAAAUAGUUUUUUAAUUAGAUAUGCGAAUAAUACAUUACGAUAACACGUAACAUAUUAUCGUAAUUAUAAAAUAUUUCUUAAUAUUACAAAGAGAAAGAGAGCUUAAAGUUGCCACAUAAAGAAAUUAAGAUCUCUGUAGACGAAAUAUACUGACGAAAUAUAGUAAUGAAAUAUAGUAUUAUAAUUAAUGUAAGUUAUAAAAAAAAUAAGUUAUUUAAAACAAGAUUAUAUCGUGGACAUUUAUAUUUGUCGAUACAUAAAACAAUCAAGUAGUCUAAAUUUAGCACAAUUUCAAAACAGGAUUCAACUUAAGCUACAAAAUCUAAAAAUCUAUUCCUUUUAAUCCUUCGAAUUCAUGUAACGAAUAACAAACGAUAAUUUAAGGAUUAAUUAAAAGGAAAAGCGAAAAUACUCGGAUUGUGAUAAAAAUGACAAUUAUAUAAUACAUAUUUCUCACGUCCACA